CAACGCGUGCUACAAUAAUUUUGUUUGCAAGAAGAUAAAACAAAAUGAAAUUCCUUCAACAGACAGAUUGUUUCAACAAUAAUCUGAAAUUUUGGAUGUUCCUUGGAAUCUAUCCAUUGGAAAUCAAUUUCAAAUUGUACAAAUUUUACUCUAAAAUAUUUGUCUUUCUGUUUAUAUUUCUAUACAACUGUCUGCUUACCAUAAAUUUGUAUUUUUUGCCAAGCGACUUGAAUGUGAUUAUUGAAGACUUGGUGUUAUAUUUUACUUGCCUCUCAAUAAUGUCUAAAGUAUUGACAUAUUUCAUUAGGAAAGAAAGUAUAAGAGAUAUAUUAAGAUUCCUGGAUGGCGACAAAUUUCAACCUAAAAAUGAAAAAGAAAUGCAAAUUAUAAACGCUGCUAAGAAAUUUAACGAAAAGUACUGGAAAGUAGUUGCUAUAUUGUCAUAUUCCAGUAACAUCACACAUGUUUCUACUCCUAUAAUUCUUCAUCUAAUUGAUUCAGUACCAGUGGUAUUCCCAGUCAGUGGUUAUUUUUUCUUGUCUGAAGAUCGUAGAAGAGAGAAUUUGUAUUACAUUUACUUAUUUCAGGCAGUUGGCAUUCAUUUUAAUAUGCUUUAUAAUAUUAAUAUAGACUCGUUUUUUAUUGGUCUCUUGAUAUUAGCGAUCGCACAAAUCGAUAUUCUAGAUGAAAAGUUAAAAAAUAUUGCGACCAAUAUCUGGGAUGCUGAUGGGAUGGUAAACAGAGACAUUGAUGAAAUUUGUAUAAGAAAAUUGAAUGAUUGUAUUCUGCAUUAUAAUAAUAUAAGCAAAUUUUGCCUACUAGUGGAGGAAGUCUUUAGUGUGACUCUUUUCGUACAAUUCAGUAUGUCUUCGUUUGUAAUUUGCGUUUGUUUAUACCGUUUAACUCAGCCAGCACCCCUACCAUAUUACUUGUUCUUAGGGAGCUAUUUAUUUAUUAUGAUUAUCCAAAUAUUUGUGCCAUGUUUCUUUGGAGCUCGGAUCAUGGACAAGAGUAGUCAAUUGUCACACGCAGUGUAUAGUUGUGAUUGGACUCCGAGAUCACGAAGGUUUAAAAGUAGCAUGAGAUUGUUUGUCGAAAGAUCUCUGCGACCUCAUUCCAUAACAGGAGGGAAAAUAUUUCCGCUUUCUCUUGUCACUUUUACUUCUAUCAUGAACGCGGCAUAUUCUUUCUUUACUCUUCUUACGAAUGUGCAAUCAAAUGGAACGUGAAGUAAAGAGGAAUUAAUAUCCCUAACAGCAACUUAGUAUAGUAAAUAUUUAACGUUUAGUAAUUUAAAGCUGGUAAAAUUAUAAUAAAUAAUUAUAUUUAAA